CCCUCUAAUGACGUAACCUUUAAACAGGAUAUAUUAGGACUCCGGGAAUGUCCUUGUACUUUCCAUUGUAUUCAUAAGGACUGAGUAGAAUGAAAAUGGCUUUUGCUUAGAAUAUGUAUUGAAUUAUUUUUUCAUUAAUUAAAAACUCAUUGACCUGUAAGUGUAUCGUUAAAAGGCGUGUUAAAACUCUUAAACGUGUUAAAUUUAUAAAUUGUGUUUCCUUCCUGGUUUGUCCUUAUCAAUCGCUGCGCAUAUUGCUAUCUAGUUUCGAUUUGGCUAGACUGGCUAUGAAUUCAACUUCAAUUUCAGAAACAUUUUGAGUGUUCCUGACACCAGAGAACUGUACACUCCAACAUUUACCAUGGCAGACAGUCCAAAUAAAUCCUCAUUGAACAAACUUUAUAACUCCCAAGUGACUCAUGCUGACCAUGUUAAAAGACCUUUGGGCACUACGCCAUCUGGUUCAAAGCCGCUACAUGAGGGUGUCAAAGUGACCCUGAAGAGCGGGGACCAGUACCUUGUGCAUAAAGGACCGAACUUUGGCAAAAGCUCUGACACCAUGGUCACGCCAGCUAGUAACAUGAAGCCUGGGAACUGGCAGACUGUUGCUUCCAGCGACGUUCGGGGCAAAACUGUAAAUGAUUUUGUGAAGCACGCCAAUCCUGGAACUCCGUAUAGCCUUUGGAAGGGAGACCAUUGUCAAGCAGCUGCACGAAACACUUGGGAUAAAAAUGUCGGACGUCCUUGAACAAAACAGAAUAGACAGAACAAAAUGUUUAUUCAAUUUAAGCAUAUAUAGCUCACAAUUAUAAACACGAAAUAACUACUACUUGCAUGAAAGGGUGUAUGAACAUGUUUGCAAUUUAUUAUCUUCAAAAAUAGUUAACAAUGUCGUGAAAACUAAAGAUAAUUUCAGCUGCUAUGUAUGUGAGUAUAUCUUACAAGGUUAUUCAAUACGAUCAAGUAUCCUAGCUUUAUAGCCCGGAUACAGAAAAUAGCUCAUCUUACUAACAGGUUUUAUAUCAGAAUUAUAAGUAAUGAUAUUAAUUGCAUCACCUCUUCAUUGCUGCCAUAAUAUUCAGAAAAAAUCAUUUCUGUCUUAUAUCAUUUAACAUUGAUCAAACUAAAAAAAUGAAAUUCAUCUUCAAAAUUGUUUCCAUUACACAAAAUACAUUUUCAAUAUAUAAUUGUCUACUGGGACUUAAAUCGUGUGUGUGUGUGUGUGCCUUAAAGUGUUUGCUGUUUGUAUGUUUGCAAUUAUACUUUGUGUGUUUCAUUUUCUAAAUCUUAAUUAAAACAAAUGCCUAUAAACCGUAAAAGGUGCAAUGUUUUUUCAUAACUAAAAUUGCAAAGCGUAAUGUUAAAAGCGAUUUUCUUAAAAUAACAGUAAAUUAACGCAAAAUAAAAAGAAAUGUUUUUUUAGAAGGAUUAAAUAUUGUUAGUAUGUAGUUGUAAAAUAUGAAUUAUGUGUAGUCGCAUAACCAUUUAUUAUUAUUGUGUAAGUAUAUACGUACAAUGUUUAAGUAUUUUAGUGGUCUUCAUUCUAUUUUGAAAACUACCAACACAUUGGGUCAGACACUGUUUAUAUCUACCGCUGAUUAAAAUCAAAUCGGCUGAUUUCUGAUAAACUGAAAUAAAUGUAUUAGCAGAUUUUAUGAAACUGCCUUCUCUUUCCUGAAAAUAAUAUGUUGACCACUAAUUCAAGUAAUAACGAUGUGUAACGAUGUAUUCAAAAUAAUGAAAAAGAAACCACAAAACUGUCUGAACAGGUAUGCAUGUAGCAAACUGAAAAAUACAUUGGUGAAAGUCAGAGAACCAUUAAAUUAAUGUUUCCAAUUUUUAAGUUUUUAAAUUGGUUUAAAAUCGGUAAUGAAAUCUACUUUCUUAAAACCAGUUUUAACCAUUUGUCCUUCUAUCUCGGAUAAACUAGAUUUACAUAGUGUCAUUUAGUUUAUAUUGCAAUUAUAAAUAUGUAGCAUAAAAUUUUAAAAGCUUGUAUAAAGACGAAAACUGUGAAAAGUCCUGUGAUGUUUUUGUAAAAACCCUGUGUUUUCAGCUUAAACAUUCGUAACCAUACUAAUUGUUACAUUGGUGUAUGAUUGUUGAUUAGCAUUAUAAGAUUAAAAGUGUUAGUGUGCUUGUA